AUGGACAACCUCGACGAAUACCCGGCCAACAUGGCCCCGAAAGACGCAUUAAUUCUUCGUCAAGAUGCAAACCCUGCCCAUGCCGUUGAUACAUACAUGGGCGACGACCUCUUACGACCAAUGGUUGGUCCCCAAAACCCUCUCACAACUUCCCAGACAAAUCCUUUGAAGAGGAAAAAGAACGUCCUUACGGGCACUGCGACAGAAACGUAUGUUAGUGAGCACACGUUUCGAUCCCAACAUCAGCUAGUUGAGCGCAGGGGAGGCCCGCAGCGGGGCUAUCUCAGUGGCAUGGAGAUUAAGCAAACCAACGCCCAGCUCCGGUCAACACGUGAAAGCAAAGGCAAAUCUACGGUUGCUGAAGGUCCCGAUAGUUAUGUUGGCCCUUGGGCGCGGUACAAGAGGGAGGAAUUUGAGACAGUCGAUGAGCACGGGCAUCUUGCGACCGACGAAGAGUACGAAGUGGUUGAAGAAGAUGAUGGCGGGGGUGAUGUGGUUGAAAGUGGUACGGUCCUGAAGGCACCGGUAGACUCCCUCGCGCGAAGAAAAGAUAUUUCUGAGCUUGGAAAGGAAGCAACUAUCUUCCACGGUUCGCGGGAAUUUGAUUACCAGGGUCGCACCUACAUGCAUGUCCCCCAAGACUUAGAUGUCGAUCUGCGCAAGGAGCCUGGAAGCAUCACGAAUUACAUACCCAAACGACAGAUAUAUGCUUGGAAAACUCACACCAAAGCUAUCACUGCGUUGCGCCUUUUCCCUAGGUCGAGCCACCUUUUACUCUCCGGUUCUGCGGACACAUCAAUUCGGAUUUGGGACUGCUAUCAUGACAGAGAGUUGUUGCGAUCGUACUCCGGCCAUACCAAAGCUCUUUCAGACCUGUCUUUCAGUUACGACGGAACGAAUUUCAUCUCUGCCUCAUGGGAUAGGUUGAUCAAACUCUGGGACACCGAGUCGGGCAAGUGCAUUUCAAAGUUUACCACUGGGAAGACUCCACAUGUGGUGAAAUUUAACACCAAUGCCGUUGAUCAUAGGAAUGAAUUCCUGGCGGGUAUGUCAUCGGGUCAAAUUCUACAGUUCGACGUACGGUCGGGGAACGAGAUUGUUCAGGAUUACAAUCAUCAUCUUGCGGCUGUGAAUACCCUUGAGUUCAUUGAAGGCGGUGGGCGGUUCCUAUCCACGUCAGACGACAAAUCGGUGAGGGCAUGGGAUUGGGGCAUUCCCGUUCCCGUGAAGUAUAUCAUGCCCGAAGUCGACAGCUUUCCGCUCACGCGCAGCACGCUUCACCCUAACGGAAAAUAUGCGAUAUAUCAAAGCUCCAACAACGAAGCCCUCGUAUAUUCAACAGGUGAAAAGAUUCGCCAGAGUAGGAAGAAAUUUUUCAGGGGUCACCAUACUGCUGGAACAGCCAUCGAUAUCUCUGUUAGCCCGGACGGACAAUUCCUUGCGAGUGGCGAUUCUGCGGGUUAUUUGGUGGUCUGGGAUUGGAAAACUUGCAAAAUGCUUCAUAAAAUGAAAGCAGGGACGGAAGCGCUCACAUGUGUGAGGUGGUCUGAACAAGAGACGAGCAAAGUAUUCACCGGAAGCCAUGAUGGACAAAUCAGAUUAUGGGAUUGA